ACUCAGUCUAUGAGGUUCCUGUUGAUGAGAAGCAGGGAGAGAAAUUACAAUGGAACAAGACCUCCAUUCUCUUAAGAGUCCACGGUCCAAUUAGAUGGCUAAUUAGCAACUUAAACAUUCACAAAAGAUACAACAAUUGUCAACCUGCUUCAUAGCUUUCCAUUUGCCCAACAAUGGCUACCAGAGGGAGAAACCUAGUUAACAUUUUCAUUGUCUUGUGUUACUUGUUCAUUACCCCUUGUUAUUCAGAGACAGACACAAUUCUCCAAGGCCAAGAAAUCAGUGAUGGGGAGAGCCUGACUUCAGCAAAUGGGGUGUUUAGCUUACAGUUUUUCAAGCCCAGGACUUCAAGGGACCGCUACCUAGGAAUAGGCUAUGUGAACUCAUACCCCUCAGACAUCUUGUCCGAGCAUCGAGUAGCGUGGCUUGCCAACAGAAACAACCCUAUUCCUGACGCCUCUGGAAAACUCCUAAUUGACAGUGAUGGUAACUUGAAACUUUCAUAUAGUGGAGAUGCCAUUGAACUAUGCUCUGUUGCAACAAGAGGUAAUUUAAGCGCUACGCUAUUGGAUUCUGGUAAUUUUGUUCUAAGGGAAUUAAACUCUGACGGGUCUGUAAAGAAGGUUUUUUGGCAAAGCUUCGACUAUCCUGCGGACUGUUUGCUGCCCGGAAUGAAAAUCGGAAUUGGCUUCAAAACUGGACAUCAACGGGUAUUGACUUCACGGGUUAGCUCUGAUUUUCCAGCCAUUGGGUCAUUUACCCUGGGAGUAGACCCCAUUGGCAGGAACCAAUUGAUAGUUUGGAACCGAGGGACGGUUUAUUGGAAGAGUGGACCGUGGCACAACGGGGGUUUUGAAUUUUUUCCAGCAGCUGAACACUAUAAAUUUAGUUUUGUCUCGAACAAAGAAGGGAUCUUCUUCACAUUCAGUGGGGGAGAGAACAAAGCUUUGGCGUCUUAUAAACUAUUUCAAGAUGGUCGAAUAAUUGAGGGAGAUAGAUUGGUUUUUGCCGAUUGUUCCCGUGGUGGUGAACGUGGUUGUGUGGAAGAAGAAUUGCCCGCAUGCAAGAGCAACUUUGACAGUGUUGUUGUGCUAGGAAGAGGUUAUGUACAGUCAGAUGGAUAUAAAUCUAACGAAAGCUACACCAUGAGUUUUGUUGAUUGUCGGGACAAGUGCAUGAGGAGUUGUUCUUGUUUUGCUUUUGCUUCUUUGAACGCAAAUGGGACCGGAUGUGAAACUUGGGGUCAAGUACCAACAAUCACGCAAACCAAUAGUUCUCCUUUAAGAGAAAUUUAUGGUGUUCGUCAACAAAGGAAAGCGAAAUGGUGGAUAUGGCUCAUCACUGCAAUUGGAGGAACUAUACCUGUACUACUAGCAUGUUGUCUAUGUUAUUUAAGAUGGAGGAAGGUACUAAAAGAGAGGAAAGCAAAACGUGAGAUAUUAUCUGAGCUCGGAGUUGGUCCUGUGCCUACCAAUUAUAGCGACAAGAACAAAGGCCCUGAUUUUCAAGUUUUCAGCUUUGAGAGCAUAAUCACAGCUACAAAGAAUUUUUCAGCAGAAGAUAAGCUUGGAGAGGGUGGCUUCGGACCCGUUUAUAAGGGUAACCUACCAGAUGGACAAGUUAUUGCAAUCAAGAGACUUUCGAGGAGCUCAGGGCAAGGAUUUGUGGAGUUCAAGACUGAGAUUAUGCUCAUUGCCAAACUCCAACACAACAAUCUUGUUAGACUUUUGGGAUGUUGCAUUGAAGCAGCAGAAAAGCUACUUAUCUAUGAGUACAUGCCCAACAAAAGCCUAGAUUUCUUCCUAUUCAAUCCUUCCAAUGAAAACAUAAUAGAUUGGACUAACCGGUUCAACAUAAUUGAAGGAAUUGCUCAAGGACUUCUUUACCUUCACAAAUAUUCACGAUUAAGAAUUAUUCAUAGAGAUUUGAAAGCAAGUAAUAUUUUGCUUGAUGAUGACAUGAAUCCAAAAAUAUCUGACUUCGGCUUGGCUAGAAUAUUUGGGAGAAACGAAUCUGAAGCAAACACAGACAGAGUCGUCGGAACAUACGGUUACAUGUCUCCAGAGUAUGCAAUGGAAGGAAUUUUCUCCAUUAAAUCUGAUGUAUUUAGCUUUGGAGUACUGUUGCUUGAAAUUGUGAGUGGCAAGAGGAACAGUGGUUCCUAUCAUAAUGAAAACUCACUCAACCUCAUAGGACAAGCAUGGGAAUUGUUCACAGAAGGCAGAGGUUUAGAGCUAAUGGAUCCAGCACUAGGCAAUAAAUAUCAAAGCGAUGAAGUGCUGAGUUGCAUUCAUGUGGGCCUAUUAUGCGUGCAAGAAAAUCCAAAUGACAGACCUACCAUGUCAGAGGUAGUAUCCAUGGUUAGGAAAGAUACUACAUCACUAAGUCGACCCAAAAAGCCAGCCUUUUUCAUUGGCAGAAUCACGCCAGAGGCAAAAAAUAGGGAAAGCAUUCAAAAGCAUCUUUCCAUAUGUGAUGUAUCAAUUUCAGAUGUGGGACCUAGGUAGAGGUAGGAGUAGCAAUAAUCAAUAUUUCUUUGGUUACAAUAGCAAUAAUCGUUUAGCAAGCAUGAUAGCUAAUCCAAGCUCAGAUAAAAGACAUGAAAGAGAUCGAGAUAUCACUCUGUUGAAAACGACAUGAAAGAGAUCGAGAUAUCGAUGUGGUUAACAAUCACACUUCGGAG